UGGAGCGAGAUCCAGGCCAAGUAUUGGAGUUCAACCAAGGUCUUCCGGGCCCAGGAGGAACGCACUCUCCAGGAAACCCACCGGCGGCAGACCGAGCACCUCAACCGCAAGCUCUUGGACCUGUUCAGCGAGCGCGCUAAAAUCUUGCAGCGGGUUGAAGAGUUGGAUAAGCAGAGUCGCCACACCCAAGACCAAGUCCAAGACCUCGACCUCGACCUACAGGCGAAGCGCGCUGCCCAGGCCGAAUCGUGGGCACGUGACGACGACGACAAGCGCCGGUGGUUCAAGAAAUAUGGCCCUGGCGGCUCUGCCUAUCAGGAGAGCGAGGCCCAAAAGAAUGAACACGAUGUCGGCGCCGUGGUCAUGCAGGACUCGCCAGGUGCCCAGCUCGUGCAUGAAAAUGCUGCCAAUGGAGCCCAGGUGACUUCGGAACUUACGUCGCCGCAGUCUACGCCGCUGUCGGAAACGUAUCAAUCGCCGAUUCCCGAUGCGCCACCACCAGAACAGACCGCAGAUGCCGUUCACGCUCACCGAGCAGCUCCUCCAGUACAGCUGGGUGAGCCGGCGGAUCAAGUAGCGCACAUAGUGCGGCCGGUGGGACCUGCCACCCCAGAGGACCGGUCCUUUGUCCCGGUUACCGUGACAGAUACUUCAGGCGUCAUCAUCGGGCAGGUCCGUCCAAUCACCCUCGACAACCACUGGGUGAGCCAUGUCAGGCAGCUGCUCAUCAAGCGCAGCGUUCAGAUCCGUCCUGGUAGGAGGUUCAACGCGGAAACUUUGGAGUCGAUUUAUGAGCCUAGCGACAACAAAGGCGCCAAGUGGCUUAGCUGCUAUAUUCAGGCCGCGGGGGAAAUCCAGGAGCACCCCUGCCAAACCUGCACAAAGGGCGCUGGCCCUUAUAGCUUGUGUGUCCUCUUGGGGGGUGAUGAUUUUCCCCGCUGCGGCAACUGCGAGUGGAACCGACAAGGCUGCCACGGCGCUGCUGCACGGUCGCUCUCAAAACAACACCCCGGUGUUUCUGGAGAGCCGCCUGCUUCGGGUGGGCUUAUCUGGAAGCAGUCUGCUGAUAAUAGCUUGGUUAUGAACGGAUUUACGGCCGUCAACAGUAUGUUAGCCAGCCAAGCCGCCAGGAACACGUCUCCAGUCGCCAAAGACAACGAUGGGAAAGAUGGCAGCGACUCGAAGCCAGGUGGCCGAAAGCUUCUCCCCACCACGCGCAUGGCCCCCUCCCAGGUUGACACGCCUGCCGCCUCGUCGACUCCUAUGACAGUCACGCCGGAGAUGGAAGCUCGUGAACCCUCGCAAGACCUUCCGGAGAUCAACAAGAGCGUUCUCAGCCUUCACCACAAUGGCUUUGUUUUUACCGAGCCGCCCAUCAUGCGGGGUGUUCCUCUCGUCAAGGUUUCUCCCGACCAUCCAUAUUGGGAGAGCGAUUGGACCCCGCUCGAAUCUUUUGUUGAGCCUCAGCUACAGAAAUGGAAGGAGAAGUAUGACCAUCACCACCAAACAAACUCUUCGCAAUCAAGCAAAUUUUUAGCAAAUCGACAAAUCAACCGCGGGAAUGCCAUCCUCAAAUUUCUCAAGGACGGCGAGCUACAUCCUUACCAGAUUGUUGGCAAAGAGUUUAUCAACAAAACGCUUGUUAAUUAUGAUGUUUUGUUCCGGAUGGUGCAGGUUCUAGAGGAGCUGCCCAAGUUCAACAUAGACAUCACUCCAUCGCAGUGGCUGCGUCAGCGCCUCCACGAGGUCCUUGUCGAGCAGGGUGAGAAUUUUAGUCUUUCCAAAACCAUCCAUGAUCUCUACCACGAUCCGAAGGUUAUUGCCCUUCGGACGAAGAGCGGAUUUGGCAACAUUGGCCGGCCGUCGGGCUACCGAAUGGAAAAGGGUGCACCGGACAGCGGAGGACCUAAACGGGCCGUACGAACCCUAAAGCGCAAGGAGCCUCAUGAAACUCCCCAGACUACUCCGACCCAUGGACCCUCCAGAGAGCAGCCACUUCGACCAUACCCUCCAGAACUAGUCCGGCCAGCACAACAAAUCCAAGUCCAGGCAAUAGCACCAGCCCCACCUGCGGAGAUAGUUCGGCCAGCAGAGCCACCGCGCCGAAUGAAGAGGCGUCGUCUCAGCACGGUUUCUGCAGCCAGCUCAGUUACAAGUGACGAGCUCGAGUAUGCUGGAUACACGUCGUCGGACUCCUUCAGUGCGGACCAUGUGAUGCAAGUUGACUGGCGAGUGUACCAGGUCAAGCACAGCCUAACAUCAACCAACACGUUGGUGACGCAGUACUGGCACUGGGUCGACAAGGCCGAUGGUGGAAACGAAGAUAAUAUGUUCGAGCAUCAGGUACUCAAAGAUGUCCUGCCCAAUAAAGUGACGUGGGGCGUCUACAAGGACCCCAUCGACUUCCAUCUUCGUCUGGCUGAGCUCACCGAGAUCACGUACGCUGGGUCGAGCCAGAAGGUCAUCAUUGGCACCAAGGAGAUCAAGGGCGUAACGUGGCGAGGCGACAUGCUCGCACACUUUAAGCGUGAGCGUACUAAACGCCGCUUCUUGAUCUUUAUGAAGAGACUUGGAGUCAAGUUGGUCAAGACGACUAGGUAUUUGAAA